AUGCAAAAUAUUCCAAAAACCAAACUUGAUACAUACUUGACCAAGGUGUGUUUACUCCUGUUGGUCGCCGCCUCAGCUUACGGCGCAGAAGAAAAGAAGAACGAGAAGCGUGGUCUACUCGGCCUGGGCUACGGUCUUUCGUCAGCUCCGCUGAUCAGCCACGGCUACUACGGUCAUGGUUUAGGCCUCUACAACCACGGUCUCGACUACGGAAUCGGCCUGGGUGGUCAUGACCUCGGCUUGGGUCUCGGUGGUCACCAAAUUAUAGCUUCUGCACCUGUUAUCAGCCAUAGCGUGUACAGUGCUCCAAUUUUGGACCACGGUUUGUACGGAGGCAAACUGAGCUAUGGAGCUCCUCUUUUGGGUCUUGGGCAUGGGCAUUUGGGGUGGCAUUAA